AUGGUAGAAGCAGAAAAGAAAAAAGACGAGGGAAGAUCUCGAAGAUCGAGAUCUGCUUCCAGCAGCUCAUCUUCUAGCGGAACUAGUAGCAGUGGUAGCAGUCGUUCUACCAGCAGCACUUCAUCCUCUUCAAGAUCUCCAAGUCCCAGAAACAGAAGAGAAUCCGGAAAGGGUGGUGUUAGAGCCCGCAGUCGCAGUGUAUCCUCAUCUCCUCGUAGAGGAAAUAGAGGUGGUGUCCGUUCUGACCGAGAUCGUACUUUCCGUUCAUCACCUCGAAGACGCCGUUCGCCUUCUCCAAGAAGACGGGAUAGAAGUGGCAGUCGUAGUCGCGAUCGUAGACGCUCUCGUUCUCCAAGACGAUCUCCUAGAAGAUCUCCAAGAAGAUCUCCUCGUAGAUCUAGUCCUCCCAAACGUGUGUGCAUCAGAAAUUUGAGUAGAAAUGUAACUAAGGAGCACAUUACUGAGAUUUUCGGAAUGUACGGAACUAUCAAAUUUUGCGAUCUUCCUAUGGAUCGUGCUCAUAACCACUUACACAGAGGUUAUUCUUAUUUAGAGUAUGAGCAGAUCGAAGAUGCUGAGAAGGCUGUGAAACAUAUGGAUGGCGGUCAGAUCGAUGGUCAGCUAGUCAGUGUUGAGAUCACUCAAAGAUAUGGUGGACCACAGCGCCGUUCACCACCUCGUCGAUCCCCACGGCGAUCACCCAUCAGGAAAAGCCCCCGCAGAAGCCCUCCUCGUCGUCGUUCUCCACCUCGUCGUGGAACUGGAGCUAAUGAAAUUCCUCUCGGCCAAAGCGGUACUGCUCCAACUGCUUCUGCUAGUGGUGGCGGCAGAUUUAAUCGUUCGAGAUCCCGUUCACCCAGAAGACGUCGCAGCAGAUCUUAA